AUGGCAAUGCGUGAAGAAAGGUCAGAUCUCCGAGCACAGUUGUUUGCCUCUGAACGUGAACGUAAAGCUGCUGAACUGAGGCAUGGUGCACUCGAAGCUUCUCAUCGAGCAGCUCAAGCCGCCUUGCGUCAUUUGCAGGCGCAAUUGGCAGAUACAGAGGCCUUGCUCUCGUUAGCAAGGCAAAAUAAGGAUCGUUCAUCUUACUCCGAAGCAGAACACGCGGCCGGAGUUGAGCGAGAAUUACUUGAUGCUUUGGCACGUGAGGCCAGACUUAAGACGCGACUGCAAAGUCUCGCCGGAUCUUUAGAAGCAGCAGCUAAAUCUUCAGAAGAAAGAAAUAUACAGGCUCAGAACGCAAUGCUAGAACUUAAGGAAACGAACAUUAAUUUAAAUCUGUGCUUGGAAAGAUGCAAAAGAAAAUAUCAAAAUCGAGUGCGCAAACUUGAACAACAACUUCUCGGCUUAGAGCAAAUGGAUCAUUCUGAAUCUGUUUCAACUGCCUUUGAUACAGGAAAUGAUCGAAUGUGUAAAUGA